AUGUUUGGUGCCUUUCGUCCUUCGGCCACUCUUAGCGGCGGUUACCUUUGGAAAGUCGCUCCCCGCAUGUCGGCGCCACAGAAAAAUAGGCUCCGCCGCAGAAUGAAGCUUGUGGAUCAAAACAUCGAGGUUUUGUACCAAUCCUUAAAAUUGCCCGACCAAGAAACCACCGGUUUUGACAAAAUAGACCAUUUGAAAUUCAACUUUCCCAAAGAGCACGAGAUGCUGCCUCGCGACAAGUAUACCACGUUUGACAAAAAGGCCAAAGAUUAUAGAAAAUCGGUGCAUCGUGUUCCCAAAUGGACCAAGUUGUCAUUUCGGGAAAACCCCAAAUAUUUUUAG